AUGGCCGUCCAGGCAGAAGGGGCGUUCGUGGACGUCCAUUUCGUCCCGCAGACAACAGGUGGAGGCGGAACCGCACAAGGUCCCUGAGCCAGCCAUUGUGCACAGAUGAAUCACUAACGAAACAGUAGGAUAUUUCACUAACGAUACAGGCUUGGUGGGGACCAUGAUUCCCCUGAACCGUCCGUUCAUACUGUUGGUAUGCCCUUGUUGUGUGACCUCCAGAGUGUUGUUAACGGCAUGUAUUAUCGUAGGGGGACAUGAGGGAGAAGGAGGGAGGAAGAGCGCCAGGCCCAAAGCCAGUCGAAAGGGGGGCCCGCAACUCGUAUCUCAAGGUCUCUCCUAGCCGCCCCUCAAGGCAAUCCCAUCUGCGGUACACGAAACCGCCAGUGAUUUGGUACAAUCCGACUAAUCUACCUCCACGCACGAACACCCUCCUUUGGUUCUUUACGCCAGUGAAUAACCACCACUCGUGCGGCGCGUGGGCUGUGGGAUGGUGGAAAUCAGAAACAAGGGGAAACCCGCCAUCGGAUCAAAACCCCUUACAAAUCUCAACGCCUUCACGCCGUUCAUAUCAUGAAAGAUUCCAACGGCCGUACUGCAACAUCAAGGCAAGACAAUAUCUACCACCGCCCCCGGCUCGCUCUCUACGCCACGCUCGGCUGACUCGACAAGGUCCUCCCUGCGCAGCACAAAAACAAAUCAUCAAGCACGCCCCUACCCUUCUGGUGAGGUCGUACGACAAACUUGGCCAAAAUAGCCACCUACAAUGCACCUGAUAUCCAUUGUCCGCUCCUCGAAUAACACUGAUAGUCUACACGCCGUAUGCCCUUCCUCACGCAACACAUGCCUAGUAGUUGGGGACGCCUUCAUGCGCCCUCUCUAGUGUGCCAAACAACGCGCGUCGCUUUCCCCUUCUCGGAAAGACGCUUUCCUUUCUUCAUUCCUUGAACAAAGGCGACGCCUGGUGAGAUUCGAACUCCUGGCGUAUCCUUACUCGUUACAUGGUCUUAUUCACCAGACUACUUAGUCACUUGGUUGCCUAGAAGCACAUACACGUGGUGAUCGUCCAGCAUUCAACCAACAAAUCAGACACAUGGUACAUGCAACAUCGUGGAAUCACGACCAAACUCCUCCCGUAAAUAGAGUCCAACAACACCCAAGAGGCAACGCCCUCCGUCAUCCAAUAACUGCAAGAUCGAAAUAGUUCCACCUCAAUCAUGAGAGGACGACCAUAACUCUGUCACGUUGCAGAAUAUCUGCAGACCGGGCGCAAAACUCUCCGAGCAUUACACUCUCCAAAACAAAAAAAAACACGCACGGCGCCAACCUCCCUUAUUCUGCAACCACACAGGCCACACAGGGAACACAAAACAAGCGGUGACGCGUGAAACUCGAGCAUGUGGUGACGGAAACACCCAUGGAUUUCAACAAGCAAUUAAGAGCGAUCUAUGCACGUCCGCAACAGCGCCUCACUUGCGACUAUUCACGUGCAAUACAAGUUAUCGCCCUUUACUGCCAAACGCCACAUACAAAAGAAUCAGAAAAAAAUAAAUACAACACAUUCCGGUACCAACCAAAAUGAAGAUAGUGCCCGCGGAAAUCCACCGCGCGGCUGGUCCGUUUUGCUUCCCUCCCCACCCGCCCGCACCCGACGUCCCUUGGCGUCCCGACGUUCCUCGGUGUAGCGGUGUAG